CUCUCUCUCUCUCUCUCUCUCUCUCUCUCUCUCUCUCUCAAAUUUGCAAAUACAUUAAAUGCAGCAAAACCCUUAUCUCAUAUCAUCAUAACACUCUCCUUUGUUCUUUGCUGUUUCCCAAGUCUCUCAACCACUCAGCCACUUUUUUCUUUCCUUUUUUUUUCCGCUCUCGGGAAAUCCCAAAUCACAAAGGACCGAAACCAUUUGUUAAAAAAAAAAAAUUCAUCUUUUUUUCUCCAAAUUCCACAAACUCUGCUUUCUCGUAUUUAUGUGCAUGACACGCACAACCUGGGUGAGCGAGUGAGUGAGCGAGUGAGCGAGUUCCCCUAAUCAAUAUAUGAUUUCUUCUCUCUUAACGCUUCAAUAACCUCGAGGUGGGUUUUUCGUUUUCUUUCACGUUCUCUCUCCCCUUUCCUUGAUUAGUUUCCAUAAUCAUGGGUCCGGAGAGAAGAUCAUCAUCGUCGACGAAUUGCAGAAGCAAGUUCACUCUUUCUGUAUUCUUCCUCUGCCUCUUCUUCCUCUGCGCCAUUGCCCCGUCUCCCCCUUCUCCAUAUAUCAGGAACUCUUUUUCUGGGAAACUAGCGACCUUCUAUCCACAGGGAAAGAUGAGAGGGAGGAGGAUGAGGGGGAUGGGGUCAUGGCCGCCGAGGUGUACGGGAAAGUGCGGGAGAUGCACGCCGUGCAAGCCCGUCCACGUCCCCGUUCCUCCUGGCACUCCCGUCACCGCCGAGUACUACCCCGAGGCCUGGCGAUGCAAGUGCCGCAACAAAUUGUACAUGCCUUGAAUUUUAUUUUAUUUUUUAAUUUCUAUUCCUAUUCCUAUAUAUAUAUAUAUACAUAUUUUGUAGACUUUGUGUUUAUCAUGCUAACGUUUAUUUUUAUAUUACAAUAGAUGGUCGGUCACGUAAUAUACGGCCUGACCGUUUCUACCGACCAUAUAUAUAUAUCUCUGGUCAGGGAAACAAAUUAACUAAUGCGAGCGAUUUUAUUUCGCUAUAAAACAGCAUUAUGCUAUGGUACUUUGCUAACUUGUUCAAAUUCAGGGCAUUACAUGUAUGUAUAUAUAUAUAUAUCCGAGGUGUACAUAUAAUAUAAGAAAACAGACGUAUGUAUUACGCAAUGACAUUGGCGCGUGCGUUUGACGCUCCGGAGAAGCGCGUCAGUAUAAUGCUUAACGGAAAGCGUUUUUAGUUUAGCCCAUGAGUGUUAAUGGGCCCAGAAGAUGAAGCCCAUUAGUUUAGCAAGAGAACAGUGAGUUAUCGGAGUGAACUUUUGUAAA